CCAAGUAUCUCAUGUCAGUAACGAACGUCGUGCGCAGGGAAAGCUUUCUCCGUCCCGUGAAGGCGAAUCGUGGUCAGGAGAUCCCGCCUGGUGCCUCGAAGAUGUCCCGCUGGUCGUCAGGACGAGGCCUGGGCGGCAGUCUCGCUGUGCGGUCCAAGUAGAGCGGACGGCCGGUCGAGCGAUGGGAAGCGCCCUGCCGCGGGUAACGUUCUUCGAGAAAGAAGUGUCGUCACAGGCCGCGCGGUGCAUCGCCUAGGAAUGGUAUCGCCGUCCAAGGCCCAGCACCAGGAGCAAGACCAACCGCGACGGAAAGGCUACGCGAAGGAAGCGGACCGGCGAUCCCAUGUGCGCCUGCAGAAAGGAUCGAAACCUCUGGAAAGGAAGACGUUCUACCUGGACAUAAAAAACCAUGCGCUGUCGUCAAAGCUAGAAGGGAAAAUCAAGGAUCUCGGUGGCGCUAUCGAGGUGUUCCUAGUGCGUGGCAUCACCCUAGUGGUCAGCGACCGAGCGGACAAGGUUGGGCAGACUGCGAGCAGUGACAGAUACAAAUGGGGCUGCACCGGCGUAGGGAGCGGAGGACCUCCCUCGCUGCGCAGCACGGAAGCCCCGACACCGACUCCAACUCCUCCAACUACGCCGUAUCCCAGCGUUGAGUGUCCCCUUUCGAAUUCGACCAAUCUGCGGGGUCAAACUGCCCAAAGAUCUAAAUCCCGAGCGGAUGCAAUGUUGGAGCGUGCUCUGACGCAGCCACAGCAGUGUUCCGUGGAUCCACUCAAGAACGCCCAGAACUGGGGCAUUCCCAUUUGGGCCACUGACAAGCUCCAGGCGUGGCUCGACAAGAUCUACGCAUCCCUGAAGGACACUGAUAGUCUGAGCCCAGUGUGCCGCACAGCCCCGGGCAAGGAGCCUAAGGUUAAACACCUAAAGGCGCCCUACCUUAAGUUCGAGUCAUUUCGCAGAGAAACCAGGCCUGUGUUCUUGGAACUGCCAGUGUGGCCAAAGUUGAACUUUGACGGUGACCCAGGUUCCUGUCCCUUCGAUAAGCCACAAGUGAGGAAGCAGGUUAACACGGUUGGCAAGAACGUCAAGGAGAACAGAGGAGACCGUGACUUGGCGACGGUGAACAACCAGGAAAAGGAGAUGACUCGCCGACCCCGAACCACGGCAGCGCGUGCUCGCAGAACCGAACAGCUGGCUUCUGGAUACUGCGAGAUUUGUCGAAUAGAGUAUCGGGACCUGUCAAAACAUGUCAGAAGUGAUCAGCACGUCAACUUUGUUCGCAAUGACAACAACUUUCUUGCUUUGGACACCCUGAUCAACUCUGGGGCCAGCGUAGAAGCUUUUCUAAAGCUGAAUCGAGCGAAGGACAUUGGAAAGAAAUGUAACCUGUUUCCCAACGGGGACCGGGCUCUUCGCAAUGUAGGCCUGCAGAACAAGCCGGAAAAGACUGCUAAGACUAAUUUGGACGCUUUCGGCGUGGAGGACAUCAAGAUGGUGCAGUGCAACGGUGCACGACGGAACAUCAAUCUGAAGCUGAGUUCGCCUCACAACCUGCGAACCAGGACGAAGCACGAGAGCGGACAUUUACUGCGCUCGAAGGGCAGCCCUUGGCACGAGGUCGAGAAAAGCGAAAAGUUCUAUGACAAGUUCGAAGGCUUCACCAUCAAGAAGAGGGCGAAGGGCACCAUCUGGAUCGAAGAGGAUGACCCUGAGGAGAAGUGCGGUCAGGGGAUCAAAAGCGUCGCGGAGGAGAAUCUGAAAGAUGGCAAUACUCCAUUGGAUAAUAUUAACGGAAUUCGGUGUGUGGAUCCAGAAGUGAAGACUCUCGGUGAGAGGCAGAAUGGUCUGGUCGAACCGGAGCCGAAGAGGUGCGAAGUGAAUCAAGUGCGACAACUGGUGGAGGAUAAUGCCGCGAGGUCCAACCCGAAUCUCGAGGAGAAGAUUAGGAACGACAAACUCCUCUUUGAGAUUAAGGGUGAAGAGAAUUACGGUUCGGUGGAGUGUAGACCUAAAAUGAACGGGUGUAUGGUGAAGGAGGAGUGCAAGAGCCCUGAUGCAAGUCCUGGGGUGGAGGAUAAGGCAGAGGAGUCGGCGAAGGUUGAAGAGAGGUCACAGCGGCGAGAUCGAAUCCUGGAAGAUGGUAAUGCCUUGGAAGACGUUAAUGACAAGGUCGUUGAGGAGAAGAGCUGCAACGGAGUCGACAGGAGAGAUGAGAGGAGGGGGUCGAAGAGUUCGAUUUGUGCCGAGAAGGAGACCAAGGAGGAGAAGCCAAAGGUUUGCAAGCCGGCACGUAGGGGAGGACGGUCCUCCAGGGGGAGACCCAGGCUCUCCGUCGAGGAGAGACUCAUCGAGGACAACCGGGCCUACUACAAGGUUGAGGUACUUGGCAGCAAACUCAGGUCGAGCACUCUGCCAGCCUCCAAUCCGAGCGUCGUCUCCAAGUACCCAGACGAAGAGAAGGAGAAAAGUGACCCUGCUGUCAGUGAAAAACCUGUAGUCGUGAGGUUCAAGAGAGUGAGGAAGUCGGAGCUGUCGUUGUUGAGUGAUGAAGCGGAGUCAUUUAUGUUCGGUGAGCCCCGGAGGGAGGACUCGAGUGACAGCGAGGGAGAGCAGAGCAGCGUCUUGCCUAAGGAUACGGAGAGUGAUCCGGAGGCCACCCUGGCUUCGAUAACUGUCAGCUCUCCGAGCCAACAGGAGACAAGACAGGUCAUCCUGGAAGAGGACUCACAGGACUCCUCGUACCUGGGCAGGGCACGGAAGAGAAGAAGGACCCAGGCGGAGGCUCUGAUCAUGGACAACGCGGACUACUACAAGUUUGAGACCCCUGGCAGCAGGCUUCGUUACCAGGCACCCAUGACAGGGCUCGGGGAGGCCAAGGAGUCAUGCUGCGAAGGGGAGCCAAAGUCCAUAGGUGCAAGUGUCGGUGCGUGUGGUGGGGACAAAGAGGGUGAUUCCGACCAGGUUAGGAUCAUCUACCCUUCGAAGCCCUCCGCAGAGGUCGAGAGAUUGCAAUUUUCGUUUGAAGCGGUGCCGAGGUCGGAGCCUUGGUACCAAACGUACCGGCGCCAGGACGAGGGCGCUGAGUUCUGGCACUACUUCAGCGAGGUCGACUCCCAGAGACCGUUCCUCCUGCCCUACGAGAUCGAGAACUUCCACGAGACCCUCGCCAGGAACGCGACGAGAGGGGAGACACGGAGGAGAGGACGGGGGCGAGGCUUCGCAGGUUUAGGCCGGUCCCCGAGAAAGAGCCCCAGGUGCCACGCCUCUACCCUGGCGAUCAUGUCGACGAUCAUUCGGAAGCGCGAGCAACAGCAGCAACAGCAGGUCCUAGGGGUCAUCGAGGAGGAGGAGAACCAGGUCGAGGCACCGAAGUCUGGCUCCAGGGUGGAGGUAGACGAGGAGAUCAGGGAAAUGGCCAGGAGCAUCGACGAGAUGCUGCGGAGCAAGGACUUAGAGUACCUGGGGGACUUCGAGGACUGCUUUGGGACCCAAGGUGGGGACUUGCAUCCGGAGGAGGACCCGGUGCCUCCCCGAGGAGCACCUCCGAACCUUCUGGAACUCUUGGACAACUGCCACACGGUGAUCAGUUGCCUGGAGAACUCCUCGUGCGCGAGCUCGGAAUGCGGCGAAGCGGGCACGGAGUCUCCCCUGAAGAGGAGAAAGAAGAGGAAGAACAGGACAGGCUGGCCGGGGAACAAGAUGAAGAGAAAGCUCCAGGCGAAAGUUCUCGGCGAACUCGAGGGCGAGAGGGAGGAAGUUGCGCGGGAGCAAAGGUUGCAGAGGCUCCAGGAAGGUGGACCAUUGGAGGAGGAUGUCUCGAAGAGGCUCUGCAGUGUUCCGGAGGUGCCUGAAGAGGAUGGCCAGGAGGCCGUUAGUGGCUUCUCCGAGGAGAAGCGAGGAGACCUCGGGGACGUGCGAGAGCCACAGUCCCAGGGCGAUGGCACCAGAGACACUGGGCAGAAAGAAGGGACUUUGGAGGGGGGUGGAGGCUCUACGGAGAUCGUCGCAUCGGAGCGAAUGGAAGAGCAAAGCCCACAGAACUGCGACGUCCCCUGCGAAAGCUCUCCGGGAAGUGCUACGGAUGUCGUAGACCGUGAAGAAUCCUCAAAAGCCAGCGAUGUCCAGGAAGAGCCUCCAAGGAUCCCUCCUGAGAGGGAUCCCUCCCCUGGAAGGAGCCCUCCUACAUUGGACUGUCACUCAGAGAAUUUUCCUGGAGAACCUGAGAACCACAAGAACCUUGAAAACACUGGAAGGAAGGACACUACCUUGACGGCCAUUCUCGAAAGACUACAGAAUCAGAAAGCGACAACCAGAAAUCGUCACACGACAGGAAGUGGCACCCUGGAAGAGAGUCGCGUCGAGCCUGAGAAUCAGGAGGGUCUCUUCGGAAAGGAACUGAACUCUGGUUUGGCCUCCAGGCGGAACCACGCGAACGGCUCCGUACCCAGGAGGCAUCAAAGGGACACGGUCCCUCCCGAAACCCCGGAACUCGAAACCCAUCCCAGGAAGAUUGGCAGGAAACGCCAGAAGAAGUGCCCCGACGUCGACCAUGGAGACGAGAACUGCAAGAGGGAGUCGUACGCGAAGAGACAGUGUAUGAAAAGUGCAAGACGUCAGAACGUUCGGAGUAGCGACAGUUUGGUAGGCCUUGAUGGCCAGGACAAUGAGAUGGAGUGUAACGACCUGUCGGAGCGCAUCAGUCCUGGGGGCGUUCCCUCCUCGGAGCUGGAGCAGCGACGCUCCAGCAUGGAGUUCCAGCCCGUGGUCAGGAUGAUGAAGAUCGACGACCAGGUCGACAUGGAUCAUGGUGUCCUUUCAGUGACAGUGGCCAGCAAUCGAAGGCUGAGAAGCUCCGGCUCCUCGCCCAAGUCGAACGUCCAGCCUCCCUCGAGGAAGUUCAAGGGCUCCAGGGGACAGUUUGGUCGGUGGCUCAAGAACAGUUGAAGUCGCAGUCCGUAACCCCGAUGAUCCUGGAUGAAAUGGUGGCCAUAGGCCUCGUGGUUGUGCCGGUCAAUGCUAGUGCCGUGGGACUCUGCGGAGAAGCCUUUGACGGAGAGGAGCCUGGCGAGGACUCCUAACCUGUUCGAUUGUUCCUUGUGUGGUGCGUCCAAGUUUCGAAACUUAAUCCAACCCUGUGCAACUUCUGUACAGUUCUGUGCAUAUGGGGGGGAGAGAGAGAGGCUCAGAGUAAGAGAAUUCUCGAGAGAGUGUGUGGAUAUUCAUGUUUGUGUAUGUAGAGUAGUAUUUAAUCGGACGUGAGGAACCUGUAGGAGCAGUUUAAUAGCGUUACAGUUAGUCGAGCGAUGGAAGAAGAGAUGUCGUUUGUAAAAGUGCUCUCGUCUCUUUGGUGGUUUCGAUUUUGCGUACCGCCCUCCUGGUAUUAUUGUACAUUAUUUCGUAGUGCGGUACUUGUGCUCUGCGAGGGAAUUUCGAUGGAACACCUUGUUGGGGUUUCGUUCUUUCUUUUUGUUUUGUAUCAGUUUCAGAAGUUAGGUUACAUCUCCAAUCAUGGCGUAAAUGGAGACAAUUCGGACGAUUCGACGAACCGAUCCUACCAGAAAGGAAACUAAAUGCUUUCUUGCAUUCCUUUUGUUUACGUUCGGAUCUACGCGUCUCUUUCUUUUGACAUAUUGUAGCCGUAAAAAGCCUGAUGGCACGUCCAAUAUGUUUCACUAGUUCAAACACUGUCGAUGUAAUUAUUUAUUUCAUUCUACGCCUUUCCAACUCAUUUGUGAUUACUACAGAAAUUUGUUUAACAUUUUUGUUGACGGAACAAAGCCUACGAUGCGUCGUUUGGUGUCAUUCGAUCAUGAUGGAACUGAUUUUCAUCGCCAAGAAUACUGACGUGUCUGGUUGGGUUAUUUUCAUCCUUUUUGUAAAUCGGUUUAUUUCGUAGAGUACGCAAGACUGCAUACAAGCUUUACAAUAGAAUAACCUUUCCCUUCUCACCCCCCCUCUUCGUUGUUCCGUACAUUAAUGUAUCUCUAAUGUUCUACUUCGAAUUCCUCGCACUGAGGAGAACCUGAAUACCUUAAUUGAGAGAAGUUUAACUACUACAAGUCUCUCCAUUAAGACAGAGAGAAAGAGUUCUACAAAGAGAAGCGAUUAAAAACCACGAAUUUUUCAUAA